AUGGCGGCUGAGGGAGCCGCUUCUUACUGUGGGGAGAUGAAGGAUCAGCGGAGGAAUGGUUAUGGACGUUACGUUUACCCCAAUUCCUUUUUCAAGUAUGAAGGACAAUGGAAGCGAGGGAAAAAACAUGGACAUGGGAAAUUACUGUUCAAAGAUGGGAGUUAUUACGAAGGUGAAUUUGCGGAUGGAGAAAUUGUUGGCCAUGGACUCAGAUACUGGGCAUCAACAGGGAAUACUUAUUCCGGCCAAUUCCUCUUCGGGGAGCUUCACGGGCACGGAGUUUUCCAUUAUGGAAAUGGGAGCAAAUAUGAAGGAGAAUUCUCUUACGGGGUACGAGAAGGCCAUGGGUCGCUGACGGAAAAGGAUGGAGUGACUUACCAAGGAAGCUUUCAUAACAACAAAAAACACGGAGGCGGAAAAAUGACAUUCCCAAAUGGAGAUAAAUUUGAGGGUGACUGGAUCCUGGAUCAAAGACAAGGCCAUGGAAUACUUCAGUGCCCUGAUGGAACCGUGUAUGAGGGACAAUGGAGAAACGAUAUGUUCAAUGGACAAGGCUGUAUGAUCCAUUGUUCGGGCGUCAUCUACGACGGGCUCUGGCAUAACGGCUCCCCUCUGGGGCAAGCGAAGACCAUGGCAAUUGUAGGACCAGAGGUGGUUGACGCAAGUCAAGGAUCAGUUCUUACUUUUCACGUCCAGCUGCAGACCGAUAAUGGAGAGCUUUCUAAAAGUGAAAGGGGCCGACUGCUGGAGAUUACGGCCAGGAACAGAAAGAUCACCUGUCCUGAAGGCUAUCAAACCAGCUCCCAUGAAUCGGUGGAAGCCAUCAAGAAGCAACCAAUUUUGAAGUCUGGCGAUUCCAGUUACUCUUUGAUGACCGUCGCAUCUGCAAGCCAACCCCCACAAGCCAUCCCACCAGUUGUCAGCAAAUCAGGACACGCCAGCCCUGAAGUGGUCACCUCCCACGAAAGAAAGCCAGGGCAUGAAACAAAGAACAAAGGAAGCCAUUGCUUCGGUCUCCCCCGUCUUCAAAGGAGCAAGCACGGCCUGGUCAUUUUCAGGAACAUCCCUUUCACCUCUCUUCUGGUCGAUCCGCCCCCUGACCCACAGACUGUCCAACUGCCUGAAAGAGAAAUGGAAAAGCGAAGUGCCAGGGCCUCCUCGGAGCAAAUAGAAGUUCCCACCCCACUUACAGCCAAGCGUAGCAGAUCAGGAAUGGCCACUGAAGGAUGGAAAUCUAGGGUGAAUGAAAGCUCCCCGAACGUCACCUCACCUCCGCCAGGCGAAUAUGUAAUUACGGUUCGUGAAGUGACAUCACCUCCGUUUCUAGGCCAACUUCUCCCACCUGUUUUCAAGCUUUUAAGAGUCCUGCCAAGGAAAGAGAUAGUUACGGGUUCCAGUAAAGAAAUCCAGAAAGAUCUUGGCAGUUAAAGGGAGGGGAAAUUGAUGGGCCGCAACCAAGCUCUUUCCCCCCCCCUCCCCUCCCAGAACUCUGGUGAGAUAUAGAUAUAUAUGCCCUUUGCUGACCUGGGAAUUAUUCAUCUAAUUUCACCUCCCCAUAACGUCUCUCUUCAUCCUCUCAAAGAGGAUCUACACAGCCUGGGAACCAAACAGCAAAGAAACGAAAGGCAAGCAUCUGCUUUUGUCAUUUCUUCCAGCCCACCUCAAUCCCAAUGAACUCUAGAUAAAAAUGUAAUUAUUCCCUUGACGGAGGCCAAGCUUUCGAUCCUGCUGGCAUC